AUGGAUAGAGCAAUUGAUCUCUCCGAUGCCUCUAAGGCAUUGGACCUCGCCAACAUUCGUUUCGAACUCAUUCGUCUGGAAGACACAAUCACCUUCCACCUCAUCGAGCGAGUUCAAUUCCCUCUUAACAAAACCAUCUACGUCCCCGGCGGAGUCAAGAUCCCCGAAAGCGAACUUAGUCUAGCAGACUACCUUCUCCGCGAACAAGAGCGUCUUCAAUCCCGCGUCCGCCGCUACGAAUCCCCCGACGAGUACCCUUUCUUCCCUAAUGUCUUGGAGAAGCCUGUCCUCGCACCCUUGCAGUACCCGCACAUCCUGCAUUCAAACGACGUGAACGUCAACGACGUCAUUAAGCAGCGCUACAUUAACGAGGUACUCCCUGCGGUAUGCCCAAAAUUCGGUCGUGAAGACCGUGGUGAAACACAGGAAAACUAUGGCUCUGCUGCUACUUGCGAUGUGGCUUGUUUGCAGGCCUUGUCGCGACGAAUUCACUUUGGAAAGUUCGUUGCUGAGGCCAAGUUUCAGAAGGAUCCUGAGACUUUUGUGCGCUUGAUUAAGUCGGAGGACCGCGAUGGGAUUGAUGCUGCUAUUACGGAUUCCAAGGUCGAGCAGAAAGUGCUGGAGCGCUUGGGACUUAAGGCCAAGACUUAUGGUACUGAUCCUGCUUUCCCUGAUGAAAAGGGACAGAAGAUCAAUGUUGAUGCGGUCGUUGCUAUGUAUAAGGAAUGCGUUAUCCCGCUCACUAAGGUCGUUGAGGUAGAAUACCUCAUGCAGCGCCUUAAGGGAACCCAAUGGGAGUAA